GUAUCACCUAACCCUUUUAGGUUUGAGCUGGAGGCUACUGCAUCCCCAUAAAUCUACUAGCAAAAUAUAAACACACAAGGAUGCCCUGUUUUGCCGUCCACAUGAGCUAUCAUAACAUGAGAUGCUCGUUCUGAACAACUGCCUCAUUGCACAGCUAUUGCAAAGCCCAACACCAUCCGAGCGGUAUGACCGUGUCACUCAUAGCAGUGCCGCAGCUAUGGGCAUUUUUGCGGGCUAAAGUCAUGUCAUCUGAGACUUUUAAUUGGGCCCGGGCCGCCACAGGGGGACAGCGGACGGCAUUCCUUCUCUGCCUGCGCCCUGUGUUGCUCUUCGCUGCGUGGCUCUGUGGAUAACAUGCACAUGCCUGCGCAAACUUGAGCUGCUGGAGUCCCUCUGACUGUCAUUAAUGUAUUGACGCCUUGGCUACGUGCUGGAAAUCGUAAACUUUGUUAAUUACAAAUUAAUAGAGUUAUAGUCUCAAGAUAGCGGAGGUAAGCUCUCGAAGAGACAGCGGUGCCAUCUUUGCUGGGAUUUGCGCAAGGGACGUGACGGCUGAGACGCCUUUCUUCUGAAGAGACCUCAACAUUGACCUCACGGGAAGCGGACCGAAUCGGUGUUGAGGACUCACACUGCUUCCUGAUUUAAAACUUUGACACUGACGUUUCUGCGUCGGUUUCUUGCUGCUUCAGCUUUGUUGUGUGCCUGUGACCUUACAAAGGGAUAAAUGAUCACCUCAACCAGAAGAGUGUCUCCUGAUAAAUCUGAAGUUAGAAUUGCCUUCAGCCUUGAUGACAACUCAGAUGUAAAAGAUGUGGAGGACCUCUCCCAGACUUUCCCAGAUCUUGAACAGCGGCUACAGCCAGUGCCUCCAUGUGUGUCUCUGAGAGAGAGCGUUCAGGUGUACAAGGAACAUUGCAGGAUGGCAAAAGAGUUCCACCAGGUCAAGAAUGAGAUUGCUGUGCUCGAGGAUCGCAAGCGCAAGUUGCUGGCGGAAAUGGUGGAGGAUGAGAAGGUUGCCUUGGAGAUCGCCCGUUUGGAGGAGGAGUUUCGGCGUCUGACAGAGGAGAACCGCACCUUGGUCACAGUCCAUAAAGAGCGUGCUAAGCAGCUGGAAAGGCUCUGCGGCAACAAUCGAACGAGGCAAGACUCCUCAUGACCUCGGCCAGAACCUAAGACCACCAGACUCUAAGCUGACACCAGGGCCAGGAACCAGGAACAAAUAUUCAGCCAGUGCUCGUUUUACGCAACCACACUCUGUGAAUCAGCUAAUUACACAGAAAGCUGUUGUUUCGAUUCAUGUCUGAGUCAUUUGCUUGAACCGCAGACAUGCAGUUAUCAAGUUGUUUUAGUGAUUCCACCUAGGUAUUACACACUGCCAGUUAACUGGGCACUGCUUUGUUUCUGUAUGAUCAUGCAUAACCCUCCUGGUUGCUAGUGGAAAAACUAAAAAUACAAUAUAUCCAUACUUAGUCAGUUGCUGUGACUCUGAUAUCUGUCUUAGGUCCAGUGAAGACUCAAAUGUUUUAUCUGAGAUCUGCUGAGGGAGCCAAAGGUGGUACGAUGUGGUCCAAAUAUUUUAUUUAAGGAGUGUGUAACCUCCUCUCCCUCUCUCCUACACCCAGUGUUUAACACACUGUCAGGCAUCUGGAAAAUAUAAGUAUUGGUGAGGAACAGAAAUACAAUGGGUGACUAUCCAUUUCACAGCAUAUGCUGCAACACAACACUGUAAGAGUUGUACAUUUUCUUUUUUUUUGAUGUAGUGUAUGUAGUAUAGAUGGGGAAAUGUACAGCAUGACGAACUGUUGGUUAUUGUCCUCAUACAAAUAAAAUGUGUUUUAUUUUGACACUAGCAUCAGUUCCCUAUUUUCAUUUCUCCAAGCCAGUGUUAUGUGUGUUUUUUUAUGUCCAUAGUGAUUACAAAGAAAAGGGAACUAGAUUGUUUUUUUAUGUCGAGAUGAGAUCAUUCUCGAGUUAUGAAACUGUCACCUGAUUGGCUGGUUUGACUCUUGACAGGCUUCCCUCUUUCUCCAAAUCAUGUGAUAUUAGAAACAGCACUUUGUAGUUUUACACUGCUGUAGCUCCUCCAUUCACUGAGGCUGUCCCUUUUCUUUACAGAAAACCCAUCGUCCACGGCAACAUUCACACCAUUUGUCUGACGUUAUGACUUUUCACCUCCUAUGAAAGCAAUUCCAUAAAUAUUUUCUUGGCCCGUAAAAGUUGCUGACACAUAUAAUUAUAGCUAUUCAGAUACUGUUUAAUGCAUAAUAAUGAUAACGUUUAAUUAUAUGGGGCACGGAACACAGACGAGUGGGUGAAAAAUAUGAAGUGAAACUAAUGUGAUUUUUUUGGGAGGGGGGCGGGGAUAAUAACCAAACAACAGUUUGCUGACUGGAUCCUUUUUUUUCUUCUUUUUUUUGUUUUUUGUAAAUGAUUCAUGGAAAUUGUGUGUGUGUGUGUGUGUGUUUGUGAAUUGGGCACUGCAGAAAAAUCUUAAGAUGCCUUCCUGUAAGACAUAUCACAAUAAGGGUGCGAAGUAUUUUACACCAAACAUAAAGCCUACUAUAAACUAGUAAAAAGAAGAUUUAAAGUCAUUCAUAAAAGCACCCAACAGGAGUGGAGUGUAAAACACAACGGGUGUGCUGAAGCUUAAAAUAGAGCCAUGUAACUUCAAUAAUGAAAAUAAAAUGCAAUGCAAUAAGUACAGCUGUGACAACUGUUCAAUUCUUGUACCCCUGCCAGCAAAGGAUUUCUGUCCCUCUCUCUGGAACAGACGCAUGCAAAGAAGAUUUGCACUGAGCUCACACAAACACUUGGUGCUUUUAAAAACUGCAGCAUAUGAAGCAACACGGACCUGCUGGGAAACAAUAACCGUCAGAUUAGCCCCUCCUCCCCUUUUUUUUCCACCAAGAGGUGUUUGUCUUUACUCUUUGUUUUUUGUACAACAACCGCGUCUCAUAAUUCACUGUGUAUGCAAAUAGUUGAGUAACUCCAGGUAACCUUCAAGCCAAAGAUACACACGGAAAACAAUAUCCUGUUUAAACACGAGCUUCGGUUCCCAGCCUGCCCCUUAAUAUGUGAAUUGUGCGCUCAAGGUACGCGUAUAAAAGGAUUUUCUGGGAAAAAAAACCUGUUGGUUUACCAAACAGAUCUGAGGGUGGGAUUUGGUAAGGACGGGAAAACUGCUUGCUCAUCCUUUAUCAGCAAGAGUGCAUGAGUCAGCGGCGCUCUGUUACACCCAGGGUUGUUACAACACACAUAGGCAAGCACACAGACGCACACUCCCUCUGUGCCUCCUCCCCCCCCCUCUCUCUCUCUCUCUCACACACACACACAUACACACACACAGGCCAUAUGACUGAGUCAAGCUCAGUUUUUCGUUUGUAGCCGACUUGCGAUAAGGAUUUAUGGGAAACAUAGUCCGGUUUGACAGCAUUCCAUGCAGAAAAAACAUGUGUGCUAAGCUUGCUGGGACUUAGUUACACACCCUAACCAGCGCGGAAA